CACUCGCUCACACUCGAUCGUUUUCAUUUUCAUCUCAUUGUCACUUUCUCGAGAAAAAAGCUGAGAAAAUCACAGAAAUACCGAGAAAAUUUUCAAAAAAGGAAAACAACGAUCGAGAGUUUGAUUCUUACAUUUCGAGUUUCGACGCUUAACAAUGGCAGUAACGAUCAAGUUCGUUAAAGCUCGUCAGAUCUUCGAUAGCCGUGGAAAUCCAACCGUCGAAGUUGAUGUUACUCUUAGCGAUGGAACGUUCGCUAGAGCUGCUGUUCCUAGUGGUGCUUCAACAGGUGUCUAUGAAGCUCUGGAAUUGAGGGAUGGAGGCUCAGACUACCUUGGGAAAGGUGUUCUAAAGGCUGUUGAUAAUGUGAAUACGAUUAUAGCACCUGCUCUGCUUGGCAAGGACCCAACCAAGCAGACUGAAAUUGACAAUUUUAUGGUACAGCAGCUUGAUGGAACUGUUAAUGAGUGGGGAUGGUGCAAGCAGAAGCUUGGAGCAAAUGCUAUUUUAGCAGUGUCACUUGCAGUCUGUAAAGCUGGUGCUUCAACAAAGAGAAUUCCUCUGUACAAGCAUAUUGCCAAUCUAGCUGGGAACAAGACUCUGGUAUUGCCGGUGCCUUCAUUCAAUGUUAUCAAUGGAGGCUCACAUGCUGGAAACAAGCUUGCAAUGCAGGAAUUUAUGAUUCUCCCUGUUGGGGCAUCUUCUUUCAAAGAAGCAAUGAAGAUGGGUGUAGAAGUAUACCAUCACCUGAAGUCUGUGAUUAAAAAGAAGUAUGGACAAGAUGCUACUAAUGUGGGUGAUGAAGGUGGCUUUGCUCCUAAUAUUCAGGAAAACAAAGAAGGACUUGAGCUUCUUAAGACUGCCAUUGCAAAAGCUGGUUAUACUGGAAAGGUUGUAAUUGGGAUGGAUGUUGCUGCUUCAGAAUUUUACGAUAACAAAGGCAAAACAUAUGACUUAAAUUUUAAGGAAGAGAAUAAUGAUGGAUCAGAGAAAAUCUCAGGAGACAGUUUAAAGAAUGUGUACAAGUCCUUUGUGUCAGAUUACCCAAUUGUGUCUAUUGAGGAUCCAUUUGAUCAGGAUGACUGGGAGCACUAUUCAAAAUUAACAGCUGAAAUUGGUCAGCAAGUACAGAUCGUUGGUGAUGAUCUCCUUGUUACAAACCCAAAGCGUGUGGAAAAAGCAAUUAAGGAGAAGUCUUGCAAUGCCCUUUUGUUGAAGGUGAAUCAAAUUGGUAGUGUAACUGAAAGUAUUGAAGCUGUGAAAAUGUCAAAGCAAGCUGGCUGGGGCGUCAUGGCUAGUCACCGAAGUGGUGAAACUGAGGAUACCUUCAUUGCUGAUCUCUCAGUUGGGUUAGCAACAGGUCAGAUCAAGACCGGAGCUCCCUGCAGAUCUGAAAGGCUUGCUAAGUACAACCAGCUUCUUAGGAUUGAAGAGGAACUUGGUGCUGCAGCAGUCUAUGCUGGUUCCAAAUUCAGAGCCCCGGUGGAGCCCUAUUGAUAUUUUAACGCAAGCAAUGUUGAAAUAAGUUUCUGUUGACAGCACAAUCACAUAUUUCUGUGCUUAUUAAACUCUCUUAUAAGAGAAUAUAUAUAUAUAUAUAUAGUUUUGUUGAGUGCGUAAUUUUGGAACAUGGGCAAUAGGGAAGUGAACUUUUAUGUGUCUAAUGGUUUGGUUAAAUAGCAAAAAUGCUAGGUUGAAUAUAUAGAAUUUGACUUGAUUUUGAUGUGAAUCAUGAAUUGUGAAACUAAAGCUUAGAGUAUGUUUGCUACUUUUCAUAUCA